UUGUUGCUCACGCUAAUGUUGUUCACGACACACACGUGGCUACACCAACCACAAACCGGACGACUGGGAGACGCUUGGCUUGGUUCGAGCGCAGCGUUGAGUGAGAGAAGGGACAGCUCUGAGCAGUCAGGGUUAGACUUUAAGGGAGUGUGACGAGCAGGUCGUGAAUAAAUUAACCGGGUCACCAUCCCCCGUAUUCCUUCCCAGCAAGAUGGCAGACGUAGAGCUGGUGAAGAAGAUGUUACGGGAGGUACUGACGGCCAAUAAGAGCGGACCCGGGGUGUCUUUGUCCCGCCUCCAGUCUGAAUACAAGGAUCUGACUGGUGAACAGAUCCCUCAUAAGCAGAUGGGUCAUGGCAACCUGGACGCUCUGCUGCACAGCAUGCCCAGUGUGGUCCGCAUGGAGCGCAACCGCUCUGGGGAGAUGGUGUAUUUCGCCUCGGUCUCUGGUGAGACUGCCCACGUCGCCAAGCUGGUGGCUCGCCAGCGUACCUCGAAGAAGACUGGACGACCCCAAAUGGUCAACUGUCAGAUGAGAGUGAAGCCUGCCGCCCCUCUCGUCCUCAACGCCAAGCCCAGAACCUCCCUAAGACAGCCAGACCAUAGGGGUCGUGGUGUGGGGCGAGGAGGAGGAAGUGGAGGUGGUGGGGGCGGCCGGUCAGGGGGCCAACAUGACUUUAGACAGGGGAGGGACAUGAGGGACACCCAAUCAGAAGGGAAGACUAAUCAGAGUUCCAACCAGAACAAACCAACCCAUCCGAACACCACUACCACCAGGAGGUCCUCUGUGCCCUCAGAGAGGUCAGACAAAAGGAUGACACUUCCGUCACGGUUCCAGAAGGAAGUGCACGCUCACCUAUCCAGGAAUACCCAAAGCAACUCUCCCUCAAACCUCAACGAGAGUGCUGGCUCUGGGAAGCCCAAGCCGCAGCACUCCCCCAAGGACUACAACCCCUCUGCCGGUGGGAACUACAGCCCCCAGCAGGUGCAGGGGCGUCUCAGAGAGGUGCUGAACAAAUACAGUAAUGGCUUCUGGGUGUCUAAGUUACCCCAGCUCUACAGAGAACUGUACAAACAGGACCUGCCUAGCGAAGCACUCAAGGAUCUGGAGCACUGGACACACGUAUGCACUGUAGAGAAACCUUGCAGCAGUAACCCAAAAGAGUUACUCCUGUACCCAGCUAAACAACCAACACUUACACAGACCCCAUCCCCUGUCCCUACCAGAGUCCUAUCCCCCACCUCCGCCCCUUUCACUCCAUCCACGGACAUCAAACCCCAGUCAAAGCCCCCUACUAGCCCCCCUACCACCACCAUGAGCCCUCUCCCCCUCACCCCCCCUUCCUCCUCCCCCAGUCACCCAGCCUCCCCCUCCACCCUCUCCCCCGACUUGAAACAGAAGCUCGGGGAGCUCCUAGUAAAAUACAGCAACGGUCUAUGGGCCCACGCCUUACCCAAACUCUACUUGGACACGUACAAGACAAAACUCCCCGAACACGUCCUGGAGAAUCUCUCGCUGCUCUCCGACUUCUGCACCGUAGACUACCCCAUGCCGGACAACCCCAAGAGGGCCAUCCUGUACAAGAGGACCAGGGAGGAGGAGAGCUGCAACAGGAGGGAGUCAGUGGAGGAGCGCAGGGCCAGAGAGGAGGUAGGGAGGAGGCUCAGUACCCAGGCUGUACCUCCUCUCCUCAUCCCAAGGGAGGAGUACCCCUCUGUGCUGGUGGUGGAAGCUACCAAUACCAACGGAGUCAUACUUCGGUACAUAGGAGAGGGUUACUCCCAGGCCCAGGAGGCUCUGGAGGACGAGAUGAGAGAGUUCUACUGUUGCCAAGACAACAACAGUCGUACCCCUCUGGCCUCUCCAACCUCGGGUCAGCUGACAGCCGUCAGGGCUGAGGAGGAGGAGGAGAUACUACGAGCACAAGUCACAGAGGUCAUGACCGACAAGGUCAAGGUUUACUACGUGGAUCACGGGUUUUCGGAAGUCAUCAGCAAGGCCAAAGUGUUUGAGCUGCAUGAUACGUUUUUCAAGCUGCCUUUCCAGGCCACCAAGUGUAAAUUGGCUGGUCUGGAGACUUUCUGCCAGGAACCUGCUGUUCUGAAGAAGUUUGAGUCCAUGGCUAGCGGAAAGAUCCUACUGGCUGAGAUCCUGGAGAGAGAGCAGACCCCAUUGGUGGUCCUGUAUGACACGUCGCAGGAUGAUGAUGUCAACAUCAACGCAGCCUGUAUCAAAGCCCUGCAGGACAAGACCCUAGCCAGCCCCCUACAGGUAAACAGUGCCUAUAUGAACGUGGCGGUGAGAAGUGUGUGUUCAGACGGGACCAUAUACUGCCAGCUCCCAUCUCGAGGCCUUGCCAAACUCACUGAGAUACUGGAGAAGACUGAGGCUUACUUCCACUCACAGGUGACAUCAGAGUUCCUGGUGUCCAGACCGUUCUGUGGUAAAGGCUGUCUAGCGCGCUACAAAGGCAAAUGGUCUCGCGUGGAGAUAACCAACCUCCAUGGCAGCAGAGUCCUAGACAUCCUUUUCAUAGACUUGGGGGUCCAGGCCUCGGUGGAGGUGUUUGAACUGAGGGAAGUCCCUCCCCCUUUCCUACGCGACCUGAUUGCUAUUCCACCACAGGCAGUGAAGUGUUGUCUGGCUGACCUGGCUGUUAGUGGUGUGGGCUCUUGGACUCCAGACGCUGUUCAGUGGCUCCGAGACGCCGUGCUCAACUCUACUGACUGUAGUAUGAAGAUAGCCAAGCUGGACAAGACCAAGCGCAGCGUAGUCCAUGUCUACCUGUUCACCGACAAGAACUUCCACGACCCCACGAGAAGCCUCAACCGCCAAAUGGCCGCCUCUGACCUCUUCAAACACCAAGGAGACGUCUUCCUAAGCAGCCACAGCCCUUCCAAGACCUCCACCUGUAACUCCACUGCCACCCUCACAACCACAACCACUCCCAGCUCCAAUGGGACCAAGCCCCAGCUACGACGCGCCCACUCUGGCUCGGGACCCAGGCCAACGGGGGGUACAAGCACCCCUCCUGGAACUCCCCCACCUCCCUCAACCACCGCCCCUAUUAAGCUACCCCCUCUGCUGGACCUCCCUCCUGCAGGUCACAACAUGGAUAUCUAUGUGUCUGUGGCCUGCCACCCGGGUCACUUCGUACUGCAACCCUGGAGAGAUAUGUACAAGCUGGUAGUUCUGAUGGGAGAGAUGAUCCUGUACUAUAAUAAAACAGAGGAGAAGCCUCUCAAAGUGGAGAAGAAUCAGAUAUACGCUGCUAAGGUGGAGAACAAUUGGCACCGUGUGCUGGUGAAGGGGGUGUUGACCAACGGCCUGGUGUCUGUCUAUGAGCUGGACUACGGUAAACACGAGCUGGUCAGCGGCACCCAGCUUCGCCCACUAAUCCAGGAGUUCAGACAGCUGCCAUUCCAGGGCAUCACUGCACAACUCGCAGGAGUGAAGCCGAGGCAGUGGUCGGAGGAGGCUUCCAUCGUGUUCCGGAACCACGUAGAGAAGAAGCCGUUGGUGGCCCAGCUGGAGGCCGUACAGGAAGCGCAUCACCCCUGGGACAGGAAGUUGACCGUCUUCCUGGUCGACACCUCGCAGGAGGAGAGGGACAUCUGGGUGCAUGACAUCAUGGCUGAGUUCACAGACGAACUCACCAAAGAAGUGUAGUUGGAUAAACUGUGCACAACAGUGCAUCUAUAGUGCAGGUUAUGGCAGGAACAACUAGGUAGGUCUAUCCAAAACAAAUGUAAAAAAAAAAAUAUAUAUAUAUAUAUACACAUUUGUUUUGGAUACCUAAGUGUAGUUGGAUGCUGGACUUUGCUGCGGACGUUGCUAUGAGAAACCAGAACGCUUGUUGGGGUUGCUAUGGAAGACCAUUGGGAGAUGGUUUAGAGAUAUGUCACUUAGACUUGUCAUUUUGUGUUUGAGAGUGUUUGAGAGUGACAGUGAAACACACUCGCAGCAGCAUGGCAUGAUAUUUUCAUCAAAAGCUCAAUAAUAUCACCCUCGUGCUGACUUACCUUAAAGCUUUGCCACACAGAGGAGUUAUCAUAGUAAACUGUUGAAUAUCUAGUCUUGAUAAGGGAUGGGUUUCCCAAAGCCUUCGUAGCUAAUAAUAUGGGACAGUACUUUGUUUCUCUGGACAACCCAGACUCACAUCACUUUUUGAACAGCAAAGUGCUUCAUUUGACAAAUUCCGUUCCUUAACUGGAAAACAUUGAUAAAUCUGUUUCUCUCGCUUGUCCAGGUUGUAGAAAGAAAUAGCAGUCAACAUUAGCUACAAAGGAUUUUGGAAACUCACCUAUGGCUAGUAGCUUUCAUUAGGCUACAGUGUCUAUAUAAAGAAUUCCUACUCUGGCUAUACAAGCUAUGGAAAUGUAUAUGUGGUGCAUUAGCUGCAUUAUCGAUCAACAAUGCACAAAAAGUAUUUAACUCAACUUGUAAGAGACUGUGGUUGGUUUAAAGGCCUUUACCAAUAGCCUGGUUAAACUAGAUUGAAAGGUGACCAACAAUAGUUAGUGCCGCAUUCGGUCUGUUAUAACCAGGCUAACUUUACCAAGGUCUGUUCAUGGAAAUCUGAUAUAAAAGGUAUAUAUGUGAUACAUUAUGUGAUACAUUAUCGAUCAGCAACGCACAAAAAGUAUUUAACUCAACUUGUCAGAGACUGUUGUUAAUUGAGGCACAGAGUUACAGUAUGAAGGCCUUUACUUUACCCAGGCCUGUUAAUUUGAAUCUGACGUCAUGAAGGUUUACAAAACAUAGUUUAAAGGGAUAGUUCGGCAAUUAUUUUGUCCAUAGACCGCUUUCAAGGUAAGGAAACAAAUAAGUAAAUAUGUUAAAAUGACUGAACUAUCACUUUAAGACAUUCCCUCUAGUGAAUUGAUGAUGCAAAGAAGCCAUUGUUAUUUCUAUUUCCCGCUCAUGUGACUUAGCUCGGUUUUAAAAACAUUGGUUUUAAUUUAUUUAUUUUUAAUUCAUUGAUUUUGUGAUUUUGUGUCAGACAACAAUACUUUCUGCAGAUACCGUAUUCUUAGACCAGGAGUUUUGAGUGACCACGUGACCUGACCGAGAACAUUUUUGGGGGCCCUAGCUACAGUAUUAGGAUAUUACUGUACUAUAGGGCCCAAAGUUUUUUUUCUGGUCAUGUCAUCUAGGUCGGAAAAAACUCCUGGCCCUAGAUACACUGCAUGAUAUGUUGGAAAUUGUGCUGAAUUGCGUGCACAUAAUUUGAUAAUACAAUAUAUGCUAACCAGUAGUUGUUUACCUGACGAUACUCUCUGCUUUACCGUUGGAGUGAUGGGAUCGUUGGAGUUUUACUGAAAACAGAAUAAUUACAGCCCAGCUAGCACAUUUCGUUCCUUGGAAGUUGUGGGAACGUACGUUUUUGUUUUCCCGUUGGUUCUAGGAACGAAACCAUACGUUUUCUGACCGGUAAAACGGAAUGUUUUUUAACGUUCUAAGAACGGAGGUGAAAAUUUUGCCUGUUGGGUGAAAGUCCAUUUUUAGGUUGCAGGAAGGUUCUGAGAACGUUUUACUAUGGUUCACUGAACGUUUUUGUCUGUGGUUUUAUUAACGUUCUGAUAACGUAAAUUAUAGAUUAUUUGAAGGUAAUUAAAUAAGUAAUAACUUACUUUAAACUUUCACUGAAUGUUUCAAUUAGACGUUUAAUAACACUGCUAGCUUAGUUUAACUGUUUUAAACUCUAAGCACAGAUAGCACACAUGGGAAGAGAAAAAUAUAUAUAUUGUGACACGGCGUCAGUGAGAUUUUAACCAAUGAUCUACUGUUCUCUAUCCAUGGAAUUAGUCUUCUGCGCCACCAGGAUGGAACUAGCAUGCCAUGUUUUUUUUAAGCUGUUCAUUUUAGUCUAUUCAAACAGACCCCAUUUCAAAGGAAACAAGCACUCAUUAAGUUCAGGUGUGGCCAAUUAGUGGCCACGGCAAACACACCUAACAAGAGAGAGAAUAGAGAGAGUUUUGUUGAUGCUAAGAAUGAAAUGUAUGUGUUUUAAAAUAACAUUAUUAGAACUUUCUCUGAAUGUUACUAAAGUUUUAUUACAUUUUCACAGAACAUUGAUUCUUAAUGUUCUCUGAAUGUUCUGAGAACAUUACUUUAAAUAGAACCAUAAGUAAACCUGAAGGAAAUGUUAUUUUGAAGUACUGAAAUUCCCACAUGAGAACGUUGUUAACAUUCUCUGAACUAUUUGAGAACAUUCCCAAUGUCAAACCAGUUGGAGAAUGUACCUAGAACAUUACCAACAUUUUAAUUAAAUGUAGCCAUGUUCUGAAAUGUUUUGUUAAAGUAAUGAAAUACCAUGAAAAUAACAUUUUUGUCAAGUUCCUUAAACGUGCUGAGAAUGUUCCAAAUCCAAGCAACUAUCCUGCUCCAUUCCCAGAAAGUUGUGGGAAGGUUGUAUGCAAAAUAAUCAUAGGACAACCACGCUCUCACCAAGCUCUAAGAAACAUAUGGUUCUCAGAACGUUAUGUUCUAGCUGGGAGUACUCUCGCCUGGUCCCAGAUAUGUUUGUGCUGUCUUGCCAAUUCUAUUACUACAUUUGCUAAUGGAGUUGGCUAAACAGUACAAACAAAUCUGGGACCAGGCUAUAUUUCCUUUGCUUAAGGGUUAUUUUAUUUUCAUUUUGUUAACCUAACAUUUAGCCUUGGUUAAUUGCAUACAGUAUGUACAACGUUUUAGGAAUAAAGUUUAAAAAAGGA